CUAUUCCGCCCAUCCACCACUCCCCACUCCACCGUUUGCCCAUAUACCUCUCCCCACCCCACCGUGAGCCCAUCUCCCUCUCCCCACCCCACCCUUUGCCCAUCCACCACUCCCCACCCCACCGUUUGCUCAUCUCCCUCUCCCCACCCCACCGAGAGCCCAUCUCCUUCUCCCCCCCCCACCGUUUGCCCAUAUCCCUCUCCCCACCCCACCCUUUGCCCAUCACCCUCUCCCCUCCCCACCGUUUGCCCAUCUCCCUCUCCCCACCCCACCCUUUGCCCAUCUCCCUCUACCCACGCCACCGUUUGCGAGUCUCCCUCUCCCCACCCCACCCUUUGCCCAUCCACCACUCCCCACCCCACCGUUUGCCCAUGUACCUCUCCCCACCCAACAGUGAGCCCAUCUCCUUCUCCCCCUUCCCACCGUUUGCCCAUCUCCAUCUCCCCACCCCACCCUUUGCCCAUCUCCCUCCCCCCACCCCACCGUUUGCGAGUCUCCCUCUCCCCACCCCACCCUUUGCCCAUCCACCACACCCCACCCCACCUUCUGCCCAAAUACCUCUCCCCACCCCACCCUUUGCCCAUCCACCAGUUCCCACCCCACCUUCUUCCCAUAUACCUCUCCCCACCCCACCGGUUUGCCCAUAUACCUCUCCCCAUCCCACCCUUUGCCCAUCUCCCUCUCCCCAACCCCACCGUUUGCGAGUCUCCCUCUCCCCACCCCACCCUUUGCCCAUCCACCACACCCCACCCCACCUUCUGCCCAUAUACCUCUCCCCACCCCACCGUUCGCCCAUCUCCCUCUCCCCACCCCACCGUGAGCCCAUCUCCUUCUCACCCCCCCACCGUUUGCCCAUCUCCCUCUUCCCAUCCAACCGUGAGCCCAUCUCCUUCUCCCCCCCCACCGUUUGCCCAUCUCCCUGUCCCCUCCCCACCCUUUUCCCAUCACCCUCUCCCCACCCCACACUUUGCCCAUCUCCCUCUCCCCACCCCACCCUUUUGCAAUCCACCAAUUCCCACCCCACCUUCUGCCUAUAUACCUCUCCCCACCCAACCAGUUUGCCCAUAUACCUCUCCCCAUCCCACCCUUUGCCCAUCUCCCUCUCCCCAACCCCACUGUUUGCGAGUCUCCCUCUCCCCACCCCACCCUUUGCCCAUCCACCACACCCCACCCCACCUUCUGCCCAUAUACCUCUCCCCACCCCACCGUGA